AGUUAGAAUGAUCGCUAGUGUGGGUAGUAACCUGGGGUAACAUGAGGCUGUUGCUGUUUUCCCUGUAAAUGGAAACAACUACUGUUGACGACAGAUGUCACAUAAAACAUGCCAUCAAACCUCUUGAGCCUCAGUCGCUCCUCCACACCCGCAUUGGGAGUUUGUACAGUUAUAUAUUUCAGCAUCAAUGAAAGGCAACUGCAAAUUAGUGCAAUACUGGGCCAGUCAAGACAAUGUGUGGUACAGCCGACCUUUAUUCCAGUCUUCACCUCUGAGCUUCAUGCAACCUCAACUCUCGGUGGCUCAGGAGAAAAGGACUCAUAACUUCUCCAAAUCAAAAGGGAUCUGGCCUUAUCUCAAGUUUCCACAGUUAAAGGGUCACUGCUUUGAGAAGAUGGGAGAGUCUCAGAGGUUAAUGAGUUGCUCCCAAAAAUCACAGGCUGGCUCCGAUGUCUUGACGGCAGGAAUGCUAAAGGAAAUGGCCCUCCAGUGGUUCACAGAGACCCAGGCUGCUCUGAUCCUGCAGAAUGGCAGAUUACCUGAAUGGUUCCAUGGUUUCGUGACAAGGAAAGAAGCUGAGAGUGUACUGAAAGAUCGAAAUAUUGGCCACUUCCUCAUCCGCCUGAGCGACCGAGCAUUUGGCUACAUACUGUCUUACAAGGGCAAUGAUCGUUGUCGACACUUUGUAAUUCAGCAACUGAAGAAUGGCAGGUACAUGAUCGAUGGUAGCACUCACAGUCACAGGAGUCUCGCGGCCCUGAUCAACUACUACACAACGGAAGUUAUCCAGCCCUUUGGAGAGGUCCUCACUCAGUCCUGCAGUCAGGAUGACAGGAGCAAUCUGUACGACCAGGUCUAUUCACCCACCAAGUCCAGCUUCGAGGAGACAGAGGGGGAACCAGUAUCCAGACAGCCCCUUUUUCCCAACCACUCCCAAUCUGAGGAGGGGUCACAGAGACCCCCAGCUGUCCCUCCAAAGGCCAACAGGAUCCUCAACACUAGGAGGCUGACUUCAUCUCUAGAGAGCAUGUCCUCCAACAGUGAGGACUCUGACCCAGCCCCACCUCUACCACUCAGGGCAAGCGUGGUCUUUGAGCAGGACAGACAGGAUGGAGCGACAUACGGGCGAGUUAAUAAACUGAAAUAUAAGGAGCAGCAGGUACCCCCGGUAUUGAGCAACAAGUGGACAAGCAAGGAAAGCUUGGCAAAUCCACUCUACAGUCUGGGAUUGGAUAUCCGCAAGUCGCAAUCUUCAGAAAAACAGUCACAGCUGAGCAGUGUUGUAUAUUCCCUGGCUAUAGAGCCACAGCCAAUAUAUAAUGAAGCAUUUGAGCCACCAGACUUGAAUCCAUCAACAGAUGUGGUGUAUGCUGAGGUGGACAUGAAGCAAUGGAAAAUUGGAGCGAUUCCUGCUGCGAGUGGCAAUAGUUAUGCCACCAUCGCUGCACCAACUGAACACUCAAGCCAGGCCUCCAAUGCCAAGCAAAUGAGUUUGACCACUCCACCAUUGACUCCUCCUCGACUGUCGCCCAAUUUGAAUCAGAGAUUGAAAUCUGCAUCCCCCACUCGAUCUCCACAGAAACUCAAAGCGAGUCAGAAGCCCCUGGCAAACAUUUGGCCUGUCUGUCAUUCGGCUGAGCACUCUCAGGCAAAAGAUCAACCUUAUGACGAUACCCUGGGCAAGAAAAACUCCACAAGUUGUCCAGAGAACACGUAUGAACAAAUUCCCGAGGAAUUCUCCAAACGAGGCCAAGCAAAGCCAGUGACUGCAGAGAAGGAGGAGGUUCGUAAGAAAUGGUUCUCCGAUUGGAAAUACAAAUGAAAAAGUUGGUCCUCAUCUGGUGAAAGUGGUGCUCAGAACUCUUUGUGCUUCAUUGUUUUAAUUCUCAGGAUCCCACCUUUUAACAUACAACACUAUGGUGAAAAUGGGCCCAACAAUUUGCUGCAUUUCAAGAAAGACACUCACCCUAGCUCUUGGUAUAUUCUUUCGCAGAAGCGACACUCGGCGCUAAUGUUUCGUAUCUUCAUAGAUAUAUUUCACAAUAAGCUGUCAUUAACUUCACUAUAUGCGACUGAUUAAUGUUCAUCCCUGCUUCUGAUAAUAUAACUCCUGUGAAUUAAGUUCAUAAUGUGUUUGUUAAUAUUUAAGUCAUGGAAGUGAGUCAAUUUUGAUUUUGUGAGAUACUAUAAUUAUGUGACAGAAUUGAUAUCUCUCCAACUGACUUCAAAUGGACAAGUGGAAAACAAAUUUCAAACUCGCUAGCUGUUAUCUUGCCAUUUGUCAAUACAUUAUCUCUCAACUCAGUGUAUGUCAAAUCUCUGCCAGUUGUUUUAGAAUGAUUUCUGUUAAGUCUCUUUCUAUUUUUCUCUGAUCUUUGAUGAUUCUUCAUUACUUGCAAUGUAAAGGUUUCUGUGGAUGUUUGUGAGAAUACCAACCAGGAGUGACCCUGGGACUGGGCUCACCCAGUGGGAAUGACCCUGGGAGUGACUUGGGGAGUGGGUUCACCCAGUGGGAGUGACCCGGGAUGUGGGUUCACCCGGUGGGAAUGACCCCGGAAGUGGGUUCACCCAGUGGGAGUGACUUGGGGAGUGGGUUCACCCAGUGGGAGUGACCCGGGAAGUGGGUUCACCCAAUGGGAAUGACCCCAGGAGUGGGUUCACCCAGUGGGAAUGACCCCGGGAGUGGGUUCACCCAGUGGGAAUGACCCCGGGAGUGGGUUCACCCAGUGGGAGUGACCCUGGGAGUGAGUUCAGUCAGUGGGAAUGACCCCGGGAGUGGGUUCACCCAGUGGGAAUGACCCCGGGAGUGGGUUCACCCAGUGGGAGUGACCCCGGGAGUGAGUUCAGUCAGUGGGAGUGACCCCGGGAGUGAGUUCAGUCAGUGGGAAUGACCCGGGGGUUAGUGCACCCCAUUGGGUGACAUUUACUUUGUGCUCCUUUACAAUGACAUUGUGGAGAUUGGAAAAUCAGUGAGAGCUCACUGCAUUCGAUUCCAUUUUAUGAGACUGUGACCUUUUGUAGCAGAACUUCAUCUUUCAAUAUCAGCUCAUGAAACCUUGCUGGUUGGCUGACUGAUCAGUUUAUCCACAUGAGAAACAGGAAGAAUGAUUUUGCUAAAGAUUAUAUUCACUGCUAAUCUUUUUGACUUUAUUUUUGAUUUCCAUAUCUAUCUUUGCAUUUUCUAACUGAUGCAGUCAGUGUUUUAUGAGUGAAUUCUUGGUUUAACCCCAUGAGGGAUGGAAGCUGUUGAGGAGUAGCUCAGUGGCAGCAUUGCUCAGCUGCAGGCUUCCAGUUACACAGCUCCAGAUGUUGUGAAGGAUUGGUUUCACUGCAGCAAAUACCUAUUUACUUUUGGGAUAUUGCAUUUAUUGUUCGUCAUUGUUCUGACAGAAGACACUAGUGGGACUCUACUUAUUGGAAUGCUGCAGUCCUUGUAUUGCUGCUGCUGUCCUGAUGGUGCUCAAUGUAUUAUGUCCAAUUCUAGACAGUGUGUGACUUGGUAGGGCAUUCCAAGCUAAGGAUGCUCCCACUACAUUGCUGACCUUGUGAUGGUGUAGAAUGACAACACUGACAUUUCACUUGGCAAUGGGAUAAAUGGCGGCUGGGAGGAGCAAAUUGAUUCAGAAUCCUUGUAUUUCACUAGGAGAACAAUAGCAAAAGAGGAGGCCAUUCAGCCCCUUGGCUCUGUCCCAUCACUCAGUUAAAUCAUAGCAGAUCUCUAUCUUAACUCCAUUUACUCACGAUGCUUCGAUAAUCUUAAGCUUGCCAAAAAAAGUGGGUGGUCUCAAUUUUGAAAUCUCCACUCAGCCUUCCCGCUCCCCAUACCACCCCUCUGUCCACCUUUGGCCUCAUCAACAUUUUAGGGGAGACACAUUUCCUGGUUUCCACUCCCCUUUGUAUGAACAGGUGUUUCUUAACAUUGCCCUGAGUGACCUGAUUUUAAAGUCAUGUUCCUUUCAUUCUAGGAACUCCCACCAUCUAGCUGUCAACCCUGUCAGAUCUUUUAAUCACCUAAAACACCUCCAAUCGGAUCACCCUUUAAUCGUCCAUACUCAAGGAAUCCCAAAUCUAGUCAGUGCAACCUGUCCUCAUAAUUUAACUAUUUCAACUCCUGGUCCAUUCUUGAAAUCCAUCCUCACAUGUUUAGCAGGGUGAUGAGGUGUCCAACAUGAGCAACAUGUUCUACUGACAAAACCCCCACAAACCUUGACAACACUAGCAUGGAAUGCCCUUAAAACAGAACCUAUGUACAGUUCAGUAACUUUAAACAGGAGAAGAGAUGACAUUGAAAUAAGCCUGAGACUCUGUAGUUUUCUGAUGACGUAUUUUUUGUAUGUUUUCUACUUUUUAAAAAUUGCAUUAUUGGAUUAUUGGCAGUAGGGCCCAGACCCCCUUUACAAUUGCAUCGCUCAAUAACUUUUCUUAUUUUUAAAUUAUUAUGAUUUUAAGACACUUAUUUAAUUUUCUGGUUGUUUGCUCCAAUAAAGUUAGAAAUGAUUAU